AUGAGUGAGAGAGGUCCGGAUAUUUGGCUUGAAGAAGUUAAAAAAUGUCAAUCAUUACCAGAAACUGAUAUGAAACAAUUAUGUGAAAAAGUAAAAGAAUUAUUAAUGGAAGAAUCAAAUAUUCAACCCGUACAGAGCCCCGUAACUGUAUGUGGUGAUAUUCAUGGUCAAUUUCAUGAUUUAUUGGAAUUAUUUAGAACAAGUGGUGGUUUACCAGAUAAUGUAAAUUAUAUAUUUUUAGGUGAUUAUGUUGAUCGUGGUUAUUUCAGUUUAGAAACAUUUACAUUAUUGAUGUGUUUGAAAGUUAAAUAUCCUUCAAGAUUAACUUUAGUACGUGGUAAUCAUGAAUCAAGACAAAUUACUCAAGUUUAUGGAUUUUAUGAUGAAUGUCUGAAUAAAUAUGGAUCACCAACAGUUUGGAAAUAUUGUUGUCAAGUUUUUGAUUUCUUAACAUUAGCUGCUAUAAUUGAUGGUAAAAUUCUAUGUGUUCAUGGUGGGUUAUCACCAGAAAUUAGGAUGCUAGAUCAAAUUAGAGUUUUAUCAAGAGCUCAAGAAGUCCCACAUGAAGGUGGUUUCUGUGAUUUAGUUUGGAGUGAUCCAGAUGAUGUUGAUGCAUGGCAAGUUAGUCCAAGAGGUGCCGGUUGGUUAUUUGGUAGUCGAGUUGCAAGAGAGUUUAAUCAUGUUAAUAAUUUACAACUAAUUUCAAGAGCACAUCAAUUAGUUAUGGAGGGAUUUAAAUAUCAUUUCAAGGAAAAAGAUGUUGUAACAGUUUGGAGUGCGCCUAAUUAUUGUUAUAGAUGUGGUAAUGUUGCAAGUGUUAUGAAAGUUGAUGAUGAUUUAGUUCCUAAAUUUAAAAUAUUUAGUGCAGUUCCUGAUGAUACACAAAGAAUUGCACCACAAAAGACACAAAGAAGUGAAUACUUUUUAUGA